CUCGACAUGAUAUCUUCGGCACUUAUAACGAUUUUCGUGGCGGUUGUAGCCGCCGCGAGCGACAAAGUGUUCUUCCCGAAGCCGUCUGGCAGAUACCAUGUGGGGAAGACACAGCACGUAUUCAAUCACACCACUCAUGACGAUCCUGUCGCGCUUUAAGGUCAAAUAACACUGGCGAAUUCAUCGUGGUGACUAUCUUGUACUCAGCGGCCAGAGCGCCGACCGCAGAAACCUCCUUGAAGUAUAUGGACUUCGAGCUAGCCCAUCUGAUUGAGAAAGGAUGGAGGAUCCCCGACGGCGAGUUGCAGAAGCUGUGGACUCCAUCUCCAAUGGCAGCCACCCGUCCUACCUGGUCCCAUGAGAAUGAACAAGUAUCCAACGCUCUUAUUCUCUCCCGGCGCAGGCAUGCCCUGCUCAUCUGGCACGAUGUUCUGUGCGUCGAUCAUCCGGGCGGGCCACCGUACUUGAAGAUACCGUAUGGAGGCGGCGGAGUGUACGGAAUUCCGAUUGACUACGACUGGGCCAUUGACACUCUCCUCUACAAAGUCAACAGAAAUCGCAAGACCGAUUUCGACGCCCUGCUCCAGCUCUACCCGCCUCUCGUCGAAGAGUUCCGUGCUCCCUUCAACAUAUCCACCUACAUGCACUUUGGAUUCUCCAUGGGCGGAAGUGUUGACACCGAUAUCGUCUCUCGACACGACGACGUUAUCCCCGGGAUCAAUUAUGACGGUGCUUUCAUUGACAUUCUCUUCGGUGAGACCGUCGAUGUCAAGAAACCCUUCUUCAGUCUUUGCGACGGCCAACACGAAUAUGAUGACACUGUCUAUGGGUAUAGCUAG